AUGUGUUUAAGCCAUUCACAUACUGGCCACGCCGUCUGGGCCAGCAUCUCCUACACUUUUGGCAUCCCGUCCAUCUCCGUUAAUACGGUCCUGUCGCAGAUUUUCACAGGUCUAGGAUACGACGAGUUCAAUACGGACCUCUACACCGUUGCGCCAAACGUGUGCGGCGCCGCUUUUCACAUCUUCGCCACCCAGUCUAGCGAACCGUUCCCAGAGCCGGGACUCCACAUUUUCUUUUGCUUGCUCGUGGGCCUGGUAAAGUGGAAUAUGGUCGCAAAAGUAACCGCCAGCAACGUAUAUGCCAUGUACGGCGCUUCCUUCCUGGCUGCCAUGGGUGCCUUUGCGUCCAGCGUGCUGGUCUCCGCGUGGUACACGAACAAUACCAGCAGCGAAUCAAAAAGAGCGGUCCUGGCUGCCGCCACGGUAAGUUAUGCUGGCCUGAUGUCGGCCAAUAGCUUCUGA